AUGCCAGCGGCCGCCUCAACGACUGGCUCGAGGUCAUUCCGUCCAGAGGAUCUGUUCGACGACCAGCAGCUGCUUGAUCAAGCACGAAGUCAUCUACUGCGCAAUGAUCUACGGUCUGCAAUCAUCACAGCAUUCAGACUUCCAGAAGCAGACGAGUACGUCUACCAUGCCACCGCAGCGGUAACACUUGCUCAAGCCCAGUCCGCGAUCAACGCUGGUCCGUCUCACGGUCUGCACGACUGGUAUCUCGACGCUUCGUCUCAGCCGCUGGGGCAUCCUUCUCCAGCGGAUAUCUCAGCCUACAUAUCCCUCUUUGAUCCUUCAAAGGCGGCGGCCAACUCUCUCAAAGGACUCGUCAGCAAUGCAAAGAAGGGUUCUCUUCGAGCAGCUGCAGCCCAGCAUCUGCAGUCUAAGCGCUUCGUACACCCAUCUAUCCCAGCACCACAAAAAUUGAAGACGGCCCACGCAAAUCCGUACAUUGAUUUCCUGUCCUACACUAAUACGACGCUGGAGUCUUGUGGCCCUACUGCUACGUCAGAUCUGGUCAAAAACUCGCAUCAUGUUCUACCGAUUCUUAUGCACCAUUUUUCGUGUGUGUGCCCGACAUAUGAAGCACUGGCUCUGAUUUCACAUUUCGCCAAGCCAAAGUCGAGGGGUCAACCUUCGCGGACUAUAUUGGAUGUGGGGUCUGGCAACGGCUACUGGACGCUUCUCCUUCGUCGCACCCCUUUCGCCAACACUGUCAUCCCCAUUGACAACCUGCAGUCAAAGUGGAGGACGUUGUGGGUGUCCGAUACGGUUCUCACUGAUGCGGUACAGUUUCUCCAGAAAAGGCCGGUGGAUGUGCAGAAAGACGAUGUGCUACUGCUGGUGUAUCCGAUCACAGCGAAUGCCUUUACAGAGAACGUGAUCAGGGAGUUCAAAGGAGAUGUCAUUUGCAUAGUAGGCGACAGAGAGCCACAACAUCCGGUCGCGCCGGAUACCAGCGACACGGUGUCGAUCUCGUCAAGGAGCACGACAACAUCCCGUGGACGUGUCCGCCUUACCCGACGAUUGAGCGAGCGGACCGAAAGCUCGAAUGCGAGCUCUUCUCCCGGCAGUCGAAUUGACGAAUAUGAACGCAAGCAUGCAAGACGCAGCAAGAAAAAGGAUGGGCUUGUUUUCCAGGUUGUGCCAGUGAAGAGCAAUAGCGACGGAGGUGUUGCUAUCGAAGAAUUUCCGAAUGAGGUCCUGACGCACAUUCUCUCCCAUCUGCCACCUGAGACUCUCUCCUCAAUGAGCCUGGUCUCUCGUCGCUUCCAUAAGCUUGUCACUACUCCACCAGCAUGGAGGAUUGCGUUCGCUCGCUACUUUCCUGGGGCCGAGUCCAUGCAGUCACCUGGUCCGUCGAUCGCAGACACGGAGAAGUCUCAACGUCGUUCCUUUACCCGUCUCAGUGCCCUGGCUUCUUGGCGGAGCGAGUACAUUUUGAGAACUCGCCUGAUGCGCUCUUUGGGACGCGGUCGACCCGGUCUUCAAGCUGUGUCCAAGUCAAGCAUGCCGAGAUCCUCAGGCAACGCAGGUGUUGCGGCUGCUGUUGUCACGUACCAGUCCGGACUGAUGUUUCCAAUCAGUCACAUGCAUGCCACAUUUGGGACAGGACUGAACAAGCGCCAGCCUCUGUUCGUGCAUGGUGCUGCUGAGCAAGGUUUGGUGUCCAGCAGCGAUCCAGCAACUGGCAAAGUUGGCUCCUGGGGUCUUGCUGACUACCAAGCUUUUCACCACUUCAGUGAUCUCUAUGCUGGCGAGACUGAGUACGGAUUGGGGCAGGGCGACGUAGUCGGAAUGCCCAAUGUGCUUGACGUAAGUCAGCCAUACGGACGGAUCUACGGCGAGGCUUGUCCUGGAGGUCGUAUCUUCUACACGGCAUCAGGCGAGCAGCGAGGUCGCUUCCUGCCCAUCUCUUCGACAGCUGAUCGCGCCCGUGGCAUUCCCGAACUCACCAUGAUUGGGACUGCUGUAACCUCGGUGUGGAUGGCCAAGUCUGAAGCUGUUCUGAGGGUGACAGACGGCAUCUUUGGUUUGCUUGCUGGCUUCUCCAAUGGCGUGCUCGCAGCACAUGCUCUAGGCAACAAUCCUGCCUACGACAAUCGCUUUGAGAAGGGAGAGCCCGCCGCCAAAUGGGUACUCUGUCCUGGUGUACCCAUUAUUGCGAUUGCCGUCGAUGAGCAUGUCUCACGACGCAAGGUUGACGCUGGCCGUGUCUGGGCAGUUGUGCUCAACGCGCUAGGCGAGGUUUUCUGCCUUCUUGAAACACCAAUUCGUCCUACUGUACCGAAAGGUAAAGUGAGCGCGGAGGACCUGGAUCGACUAGCUUGGCGAUCAGGUCGCUCGGUAGAAUGGAAGCUCAUCGAAGCCACUCGGCGAGAAGCUCACGCGGAUCCGUUCAGCACUGCCAUCGUGGAUGGAAGUUAUUCCCCACGGACUUCGAGCGACGAAGCAGCACUUGACGAAGCUCAGAUCACAGCUGAGACUUACGAGGUUGAGCGGUUCAUUCAGUACAAGCCAAAGCAUUUCAGAACUGUAUGCGAUGGCUGGGAUAUGCGCCGCAAGAUGCUCGUGGACUUCGCUGGCGAGGGCGAGUCAAUCGUGAUCAUUAGGAGAGGUCUGGACGACGACCAGCCUGCCACCAUCAAGCGCUUGACGCAGUGCAGGAAGCGUCGCUCCGUCGAUCAUGACCUUGACGCGUGGCCAACCAUUCAGCAGACCACUGCCCAUCGCUCCAUCUUCGGUGGCUCAUCUCAGCCUGGCUCUCCUUCAUUGCAAAGUGUUCCACGCUCACGCACGUCUAGUGCUGACGAUAUCGCCAUGAAGUACGAGACAGAAUGGCGAACAUCAAACUUCAGCUUUGGCGAUUUGCGUUCACUCCAAAUCACCACUGAGGCUAUCGACGACUCUGACUUUGCAAGGCUGGCACCAUUGGAAGAUCCGUUACUCGGCAUGUCAGCUGGCUCAAAUGCUUCUUCCCCUCUUUCUUCCCCUUUUGGUCAUCAGGCUCAGUCAUAUGCUUCUUCCGCCGACAUUCCUGGCCACCGGGCUCGCCUCAUGGCCAUCGGAACAAAGACCGGCAUUGUCCUCCUGUGGGACAUUCGUGCAUCAGUCUCAUUAGCAGUGGACGUGAUUAACACCGUGCAGCCGGUCCGAGUCAUUUACGCGAAGUCUCCCGAGAUUUCGUCCUUGGCUCUCACCUCCUUGUACGUCGUGCACGGGGGCAAUGAUGGACUUGUGCAAGCCUGGGACCCGCUGGCAUCAACUCUGGAACCCAUCCGGACACUCAACUCACGCUUCUCCGACCGCGCGAGACGCCGCAUUGCUCAGGCUGAUGCUUCUGCGCAAGGCGUCGGCCACAACUACUUCGCUGCUGCCAGCAUCGUUCUCGACCCAGACCCAACCGUUCUCCGCGGCAUGGUGUCGCUCGGCACUCAUCUGCGCUACUGGUCCUACAGCUCCACUGCCGCAGACGCCUACAAGUCGCGCAAACGUGGCCAGCUUCGACACCGCGCUAGCAACGCCGGUGCAGAGCACAAGGUCACAGCCACCGGUCGUGGCGUGUUGAAGGACUACAUUGCCAAUGAGCAGAACGAGAUGGAGCGGGAGAAGCGCGAGCGGAAUAAGGAGAACGAGCGGCUAAGUGAGCGGUACGGCACGAAUCUGUUGGGCGAGGGCGCGAGUGAGGAGGAGAUGCUGGCCUACGCAGCCAUACUUAGCGAGGAAAGCAUGCACUCCGAUGCGGCAAGGCGUGCGAGUCAAGACAGUAGUGCUGUUGCGACACCGAGCAGAGACCAUCGUGCUGCUCGUCCGUCGAAGUCGAGCUCCAGUGCGGCCGAUCAGGGCGUGGAUGCGGACAUGGAAGAAGCGAUCCGUCUCAGCUUGCUCGAGAGCGAAGCACGGCCUACCUCGUCAGCAUCCUGGCUCGACACGGAUGAAACGGAUUAUACCUUCAAUGUCCCAAUUCGCUACGCCAAGAGCAAGCGUGCUGGUACUGGCUCGCCGUGGAGCAAAGUAGCUCCUGGGUCUUCCGCUGCUGCCGCCAGAGGGAGUCUCCAGGUCCCGCACUCGCCGUCUCAACAGCAGCAGGAUGAUGACCUGGAGUUUGCCCUGCAGCUGAGUUUGGCGGAGGAGGCGAGCAAGCAGCAGCAGCAGCAAGUGGCGGGAGCUGGCGAAGCGGAAGAGUAUCCGGUUUUGAGUAGUGGCAGCGAGGCGGGAAAGAAGGGAAAGGGCAAGGGCAGGAAGCGCUGA